GAAAAUAGCCAUAAUUGUGUCAGUCCAGCUUUCCAGGCCUUAUGGUGUUGUUUUCGUUGAGCUGCUUAUGCCUCGAACGCCGUUUAUCUGUGAUCAUUCGGACAAGCAUGUCGGCGGCGGCGCAGGUCCGAUCGCCAGGGUCUGCUGAUGGCGAUCCAGUUCUUGAAGUACCUACCACCAACCAUUCAGAAAAUGCUUCGUCAAAGAAGGAUCCAGCUCCGCUGGUCGGCCAAGUCAAGCGCAAGCUGUCCAAUCUAGAACGACACCAGAUGGCGAGUGAAAGGAAACGACGGAAGAAGGAAAGGGACCAGGUUGAAAAGCUCCGAAAUACUAUUGCAGAGACGUCGGUAUCGUACAGAAAUGGACUGCGCAUUGUCAGGCCCUAUAUGUUUGUCUUCGCCACCAGCGCCAAGGAGCGCUGGUUUGGACGCAGUAUCGUGGACGUCUUCACGCAAGAGUUCCGUGUCCGGUCCAAGGAGAACCUUCUGUUGAACAUCGAGGCAGGGAACAUGUCAUUGAGUGGCAAGGUAGCCCAGGCUGAUUCUGUCGUGUUGCAAGGCGACCUCCUGAACAGCAGAGUGCACCGGCACGAACCGCCGGUCACCGGCCAGCGCAUCAGUAUUAUUCACAGUGACGAUGACGUGACGGUCAUCGACAAGCCCUCCUCCAUUCCGGUUCAUCCGACUGGUCCAUAUCGACACAACACGAUACAGAUGAUCCUGGAGCGAGAGUUUGGUCUGCACAACUUACGCACUAUACACCGCCUGGAUCGGCUGACGUCCGGAGUGCUGAUAUUUGCCAAGAGCUAUGAGAAAGUGAGGGAGCUGGCGAAGAUAUUUGCGGAGCGGCAGAUGCAGAAAACCUACCUUGCACGUGUUGUCGGAGAGUUUCCGAGUGGGGAGGUGGUUGUGGAUGAGCCGAUCGGUGGCCUGACGCCCAAGUUCUCCAUUGUGCUUGUGCACAAGGAUGGCAAGCCGUCGAAGACGACGUUCCAGCGCCUGCAUUACGACGGCGUCACCAGCGUAGUGAAAUGUUUGCCACAUCAAGGGCGCAUGCAUCAGAUUCGUGUUCACUUGUUACAUCUCGGUCACCCCAUCAUCAACGAUCCAAUUUACAAUCACCCGGCAUGGCGCAACCCAGCUCUCCCCGAAUCUGAUCCUGUUCAGCAAGCUGUCUUUGUUUUAAAACACCUGCUGGUCAGUAUGUGUGGUCCAGAGGAAGGUGCUCGAGAGUACGACGCCGUGUUGGCGAUCAUGCGCGCGAACGACGCGCUCGGUCCCAGUCUAGAUGAGCCUGAUAGAGUCGCAAACGCAGACCGCGACGACGAUGCUUCCCGCGCGGCUAGUACUGUCGCUGUAGCCACUGGUCAAGCACAGGCGGUCGCUGCUGAGCGCACUACGACAGCGGCAGUGGCAGCGGGCCGUGAGGUGACGGCCAGUUCAGAAGAGUCUUGCUCUCGCGCUCCGACUGAAACGCCCAUGGGAGCGUCUUGCUCUCGUGCUCCGACCGAAAUGCCCGUGGCCACACCAGCGCCAGCAGCUGCACCCGAGCCAGAGCAGUGUGCACGUGCAGAUCAGAGUGACCAGGCUGAGCCUCAACCUUGCCGCUCCAGUGUCUCUACCGGAUCUGCCCCCGUGGCUGGUGUGACGCCUGUGCUCACCGAGGCGUUCGAGGUGACGGAGAAACGGGAUGCGCUCGGCAUAAACUUCUCGUCUGGUGUAGAGCUCCAGCAACAGCCGGAUGAAUUUCGACUUGUUGAUGAGCUGCCGCUAGCUACGCCGCCUCCCACCAGUGAUUCUGGCUACUAUGAUCUGUGCUGGAAGUGCAAGCUGCCAGCGGUCAUCCCCAAGCCCGGAUCACUGGUCAUGUAUCUGCACGCGCUAUCGUACGAGGGUGAGGGAUUCAAGUACGAGUCGCAGGUCCCGGCAUGGGCAAAUGAGGACUUUCAGCUUCCUGAGUUCCUCUCUGAUCCAGACGCCAUGGCGCACAUCAGCAUUGGUGAUGCUGUACUGUAGUGAAGGCAGAGGGGGAUCGUCAUCACUUCCGGCAGAGAAGGAGGUCUGGAGGAGGUCACCUAUCACUACCGGCAGAGAAGGUGGUCUACGUCUGAUAGUACUUGCAUCCUGGUGAUGAGUCUAUCACUGCACCUUGCCUAUGGCCAUCUAGAAGUAAGGUAUGGACGGACACAGAGCUUGCCUUGAUCCUGUCUUAGGCCGAUGCCCACACAGUAUGCGGCUAUUGCUUGUGUCGGGAUGGACUUGUGCAAAACUAGAACCUCAGAUAGUGCCAACGCCUCGGGGCCCUGAGUUCAGCUGAAGCAGCGGUCGUUUGAACGACCAGCAGUAUGCUGACUGAAGGAGCCCAUCGCCCAGGUUCUCUGCUCCGAUGCUGCACGUGUCAUUCGAUGAUUUGAGUGACUCGCAACAAUGCAAUCCUGUGCCUAUGUGUCAGCCUGAACGCCGGACCAAGCAGCGUUUUGUGCUGUACGACUGAUGGCCCUGGUGUUUACUAGUCCGUGUACUCUUGGACAGCUCAGUGUCCGUAGCUGCACACAUACCAGUGUUCUAGUUCUGCAAGUACUUACUUGAAGGUGUCACACAAGGUCCGAACAUCUCCCGGCCAGCAUCCAACAUUGGUUUUGGAACAGCCGUCGACACUGCGAUAGCAAGUCGCAGCACUAGACUAGACCUCCCCCCGGUGAAUACUUUGACUGAUUGAGCUCAGCGGUAUGCAGAGCAGCGCUAGCGGUCUCGUGUUUGGAACGUUUAGAAAGGUUCUACACCAGAUACUCUACCGGUGUAUGUGUGUGUGUGUGUACGUGUGUGUGUGUGUGCGUGUGUGUAGGCUAUCCAUGGCGUUGAGGCCAACACUCGGAAUGCCACCUCGUUUCAUCAGACACAAUUGCCUGAUGUUGUCUCAUUCACCAUAUGCCCAGCCCAUCUGUUUGUCACUUCAGUAGCUGGCACUGGGACUUGAUUUUCCUUGCAUACUUUCUGUCCGCUUUCACUCCUAUCUGCGCCAUGAACUUUGUUCUGUUGCACUAGCAAUAACAAGACUAAACCGUGUUAUGUCUGGCGCCUUUGGUCUAUCUUGAAUAGUUUCUUUAUCACAGUACAAGACCCUUCUGAGUCCCAGCUGAGGGUUAAGAACUUAUUUUCUAUGGCCACGACAAUGUGUACGUGGGCGCCAUGUUUUACCUCACUACUUGCCCACAACCAUCAUAUCCUCGUACAUUCAAAAACAUUAUCAAGAUACAAGUGGGUGAAAUCUUUGUGAUAGCGAUUCGAUAAAAUACUGAUCUUGAAAUUCGGAAGCCUGCAAACAAGUUGUCCACAGUGGCUAGCCGGGAGAAGUAACAAAAA